AUGGUAGGAGGUGAGGAUCUUGCAUCAUCUAUACAAAGGGGUAGUCUGGACUGGGAGAGAGCUUUGCGUUGCAUAAGGCACGCUCUUCGUAAUACUCCAUCACCUGACUGGUGGAGACGUGUGCUUGUUGCGGCUCCUUGUUACAGGUCUCUUGCUCCAGGACCUACUCCUGGUGCUGUUUUCACUUUUGACAUGAUCUGUGAGGCAACAAUUGAUAGAAUUGUCGAACUAUUGAAGUUGACAAAUUCAGUUGUGGUGCAGCACAUUUAUGGCAUGAUUAUAUGCUUUCUUGUACUAAAUGCUUCGGGAACUAUUAACAUGUUGACAAUGGGGGAAGUCACUGGCUAUCAGGAACUUGUUGAAGUUAAAGCAAUGAUUGAAUUGGGUACUCUUAGAGGUUUAGGAUGUUUAGGGAGCUGGAAUAUGUUGGGGGUGCAAAAAGAAACCUUUGACGAAAAGGUUAUUCUUGGAGAGUCUGAUGAUGUAGGACAGUUGGAGAAGAAGGGUUUGGUUAGGUCUUGGCUGGGGAAGGGGUUGACUGCAGAAAACAAGGCCUUGAGGGAUUGUUCAACUAGUUGUUCCUAUGAAAAGGCUGGAAAGCGGUUCAUAGAGCUGAAUGAAGUUAUAACUGCUGAGAAGGAAUAG